ACAACAGUGGAUGGAGGGAGUGCUGUGUAUGGACAAUGAACCAUUUUACAUUAACCUGGAUGAUUUGGGAGAACAAACUGAGCAGUUUCAGAUGCAUUUUUGCCAUCUGUUGGCAAGAGUAAGCUUCCCUGAAGCAGUCCUUUCUGGGUUAUCAUCUGGAAGUUGAGGUUUCUAAGAUCAGGACUUUGGGAAGGUUUCUUUGGAAACAGCUCCUGUCAGAAGAAUGGCAUCACCUUGUCUACAGAUUUGUUCCUUGCUGCUGGCUUUAGCGGGAUUCACCAUUUUACUUGUUACUACCAUGUCCAACAGAUGGAAGGUUUCAGAUGCUGGAACAGUGCUAGUUACUACAGACUGGAUUUCUGAAGGCCUUUGGAUGGACUGUGCAGUACCUGCUGCUAGAUCACUUCAGUGCAAGAAAUUUCUCUACAUGUUGAGUUCAGACACUUAUGUUCAGGCAUGCCGUGCCUUAAUGAUCGCUUCCAUCGUUUUGGGAUUCAUAGCUGCAGUACUCUCGCUGCUUGGUUUGAAGUGCACAAAGAUUGGGUUGAGCGAUGAAGAUGGAAAAAUGAAGUUUGCUGUGACAGGAGGGUUUCUCUUCAUUUUAGGAGGUCUCUGUUCCAUGGUGGCUGUUUCUUGGUACGCUGCGAUGAUUACUGCUCAGUUUUUUGACCCCCUGUAUGCUGGAACCAAGUAUGAAAUAGGAGAUGCUCUGUACUUAGGCUGGGCUGGAUCUGUUCUUUGUAUGCUUGGUGGGAUCUUACUGACCUGUUCAUGCAAAGGGAAGAAAAACCAGGAUUACAGUUUCAACAAAUACCCAUACUCAGCAGGCCACGCGGCUCCUCCACAGGAUGUGUACAUCAAAAACUCUGACACAGUCAUAAGCCACAAGGAGUAUGUGUAAGCUUACCUUUUAUGUCACUUGUAACGUUAGUAGGUUAUGACCUCAAAUAAAGAAGCGAACUACUCCCAGGGUUCCGGUUCCAAGUUCCAAUCUGUCAUCUUAAUUUGGAGCAGUACGAAGGAGGAGGUAUGGUUCUCAGUGUAAAUAGAAAUGUUUUUCCAGAUGGUUUUUGAUUGUAAAUAGGAUUCUACAGAAGAUGCUGAGAUGUGAAAUCCUGCGGCAUAAAGGUUUUCUGCAUGCUGAGGAGCCUGGUAAAGGUUAACCUCAGCGUUCAGUGUAUCCUGACAAUCGAGAACAACUGUUUCUAUUUUGGCGGACUCAAAAAGGCAGAACUGAUAUGCUGUAGCUAACUGCAAGUUACUACACCUCACAGUUAGAAAUGGAUUGGGUUUGCACUAAUGUUUAAUUUCCUACUUUUGUU